AAAAUUGAGGUUUGAAUAGACGGUUUCCUAGGGACAGGAGGCAAGCAAGAUACAACACUAGCUACACACAACAAUGAAAUGAUACAACUACCCUGUCCUGAAAUUGGUCUUUGAUAUUUGUCUAGCAUUUGAUUUGUACAUCUGGAGACAUCAUUAUAAUCUUUUUAGCAAAUAAGCAUAUUAAACAUGGAAAUAGUUUACGUAUACACAAAAAAACGAUCUGAAUUUGGACGACAAUGCAAUUUUGGUGAUCGUCAGGCAGAACUUCACGUAGAUAUAUUGCCAGAUGAAAAAUUAGCUGCUGAUUUCAUUGAAAGAAAUCCAUGCCAUGUUGGUAUACAAUGUGUUCCAGAAAUGUCAGAACAUGAGGUCAACACUGAAAGGUUUGAAUCAGAAAGUAGAGGGAUGAACCAUGUUGAAGGUGGGUGGCCAAAAGAUAUCAAUCCUGCUGAAAUAGAACAAACCAUGAGAUACAGAAAAAAGGUUGAAAAGGAUGAAAUAUACAUGAAUACAAUUUUGCAACUUGGAGAUGUAAUGGAACGAUGUAUUCAACAAAACAAUGCAAUAGAUAUUUAUGAGGAAUACUUUGAUGACAUCACAGGUGAUUCAAGCUGUGAAGCUCCAUCAGCAAAAACUAUUAACGUUUUCAGAGAUCCCAAUGAAAUAAAUCGAACAGCCACAAGUAUAUCUUGGUACCCAGAUGGAGCGCAGAAGUUAGCUGUUGCAUAUUCUAUCUUAGAAUUUCAAAAAACAGCCCCAAAUACAUGCUUAGAUUCGUACAUAUGGGACAUAGAAAAUCCAAACAAACCAGAUUUUACCUUGAAACCCGUUUCACCACUUGUCUGUGUUGAAUAUAAUCCUAAGGAUCCACACAUUCUUGUUGGAGGAUGUUAUAAUGGUCAACUUGGGUAUUGGGAUACCAGGAAAGGCUCACAACCAGUUGAAGUCACCCCCAUUGAGAAGAGUCACCGUGAUCCAAUUUUUGAUGUCAAAUUUAUUCAAUCUAAAACAGGAACGGAGUGUUUCUCCACAAGCACCGAUGGAUAUAUUUACUGGUGGGACACACGUAAACUUGGUGAACCCACAGAAUCAUUACUUUUAAAUAAAAACCCAAAGGAGGGCAAACCAAUGGGGGGAUUGGUUCUCGAUUACGAACCAACGAUGCCCACUAAAUUCAUGGUGGGCACUGAGCAAGGUGUUGUGUUGUCGUGUAACAGGAAAGCCAAAUCACCAGCUGAUAAGAUUGUAGCAUCGUAUAGUCAACAUUACGGACCUAUAUAUGCACUACAGCGGAAUCCAUUCUUCCCAAAGAAUUUCUUAACAGUGGGUGAUUGGACAGCAAGAAUCUGGUCUGAAGAUUUACGUGAAUCUUCAAUCAUGUGGACCAAACAGCAUAUGGCGUAUUUAACAGACGGUUGUUGGAGUCCUUCUCGACCUGCAGUGUUUUUUACAUCACGCAUGGAUGGAUGUCUGGAUGUGUGGGAUUAUUUAUUCAAACAGAAUGAUCCUACGUUGAGUAUACAGGUCUGCGACGAAGCGCUAAACUCAAUUAGAGUACAAGAUCAAGGCAGGCUGGUGGCAUGUGGUUCACACCAAGGGACAACAACAUUGAUUGAACUUUCAGAGAGUUUGUAUACGCUACUGCGACAUGAAAAAUCAACAAUGUCCGCUAUGUUUGAAAGAGAAACAAAGCGGGAGAAGAUAUUAGAAGCAAGACAUCGAGAGAUGAGACUAAAAGAACGUUCCAAAAGUCAACAGGAAAGAGAUAAAGAAGAAGAAAAGGGAGGCGAAGAAGAACAUGAAGAUUUGAUUGCAAAAGCGGAACAAGAUUUCUUUGCGUCAAUUAACGCCGAGUUGAAAGAACGCGAAACGAAAAAUGUCGACCGAUAUAAUGCUUUCCUUGAAGCACAAAAGGCGCUGGCGAAAAAUCAACUACCUGGCGAAACAAUGGACGAGAAACCGAAAAAUGGCGAAGAUGAAGAUAUUACGACGAAUGUGGAAAAUCAUACUGAUAAAGAAUCGACUGAGGCGUAGUUAUGAGACGUUCGUUCGUAUAUCUCAUGUAAAUUGGAAAUUUUUUUAUAUUUCAAAGUUCUAAGUUCUACUUGACAGAGAGAGUGACGUGAAGUAAGUUGUUGGAAUGCGUAUAAAUAUGUUAUAUGGGUGAAAAAGAUACUGAUUUUUACUAAAAUUAUUAUGUAAGAGAGUUUUUUAAAAUAUUCCAUUUUUCACUUUUAUUUUCUCGUAUUAUGGUAAAAUAAAUGGAGUAGGGACAUAGAGGUCGUGAGAAACGUCAAAAUAAAGUAAUUGAAGGAAGCUACCCCCAUAAAAUUUUUUUAGACAUUUCUCGUAACCUGACUUACAACAAAUUCCUUGGAAAAUAUUAAAAUGUAUUUUCGUAGUAAUAUAAUUUAUUUUCAUUACCAAAAGUUAAUAUAUAUAUUUAUAUGUUUUUUAUGUAUAUAUCUGUUUAAAUAUAAUUGAAGUUGUAGAAAAAUUUUAUUCUA